AUGGAAAAUCUAGGGCAAAGGUUCCUUGAAGCUCAAGAAACAAUAGAAGUGAUCCCAAUUGAUCUCCUCAUGGAUUUCUUUUCUCGAGUUCCGGCAACAACUAUAGCAAGGUGUCUUUGCGUAUCCAAACUAUGGGAAUCCAUACUUGUCCGUCCAGAUUUCACCGAGUUGUUCAUGACUAUGUCUUGUGCUCGUCCACGCCUGUUCUUGUUCACCUUCCAACUUGAGAAAAACAUAUUCUUCUUCUCUUCACCUCAGCCUCAGAAGCUAGAUGACAACUCUUCUCUUGUACUCACUCGCUAUCACGUUCACCAUACGCACAAUAUUUUUCCAUCUAAGAUUGGUUCUCCUCUUGGUGGAUUCUUCUGCCGUCUAUAUGAGAAAACCGUAUUUAUCUGUAACCCCGUCACGGGAGAGUCUAUAUCCUUACUCAAAACAGAAUCCAAGAGUCUAGAUGUUUUCAUGAAACCUUUUUUAGGAUAUGAUCCCAUCGACAAACAGUUCAAAGUAUUGUGCAUCAGUAUCAUAGAUGCAUCCGAUGAGCAUAAAAUUCUGACAUUGGAGAAUGGGAAACAUUUGUGGAGAGAUAUCGAAUGCAUCGAACCCCAUUAUCCUAAAUCUAGUGGAAUAUGCUUAGACGGUGUUUUGUAUUACACAGCUGGGGUUGAUCGUAAGUUCAUGGUUACAAUGAUAGUCUGCUUUGACAUUAGGUUCGAGAAGUUUAGCUUUAUCAAGAUAGAUAAAGACUCAUUGAUGAAUUCUUCUUGUACUCUAAUCGACUACAAGGGUAAAUUAGGUGCGCUCCAGUUUACAUUGUCGUAUCCGAAACGUCUCGAGUUCUGGCUUCUGGAAGAUGCUGAGAAAUGUACAUGGUCCACGAAUAUCUACACGUUUCCUUCUUUUACGCAAAACUUUGUUAACCGUACCGGGUUAGCCAUUGUUGGAAUGACUGAUAGUGGUGAAGUUGUGUUGUCCCCGCACGUUAUAACAGACCCGUUUUACAUUUAUUACUAUGACCUCAAGAGCAACGGUUUCACAAGAGUUCAAAUCAAAGGUCUUGAGUUGUUUAAGACCAAGAGGGUUAAUAUCUCUCUAGACUACUCUGAGAAUCUGAAAUUUAUGUAA